AUGGCUGAAAGGAACGAAAACCCACCUACAUAUGAUAAAACUGCGUUCGACACCAUUCCAACUGGAGCCGUCAAUGUUGAUGGUGUCGUGAAUCCGGCUAUGUUGCGUGCACAUUUAGCGCUCUUGGCGAAAUUCAAGGCAUUGGAACAACCGAACAAACAGAUUGAUACAAGAUAUUUGUUACGUGCGCAGGAGCGUUAUGUGUUGUGGUUAUAUUUACUCAGCGGUAAAAAUUUUGACGAGAGGACAAUGCCGAUUCCGCCCAUAGACGUUUGCUAUAUAUGGCAUUCCCAUUUGCUUUCGCCACUAAGAUACUAUGAAGAUAUGCGUCGAAUUUAUGAUCCUAAACAAACAUUUCCAGAUUUUCCACUGAAACGAUUGCAUGAUAUUUGGGAAAAAAAUGGCGGUCAUGUCGAUCCUGAAUCCGAAAGAAUUUGGGUGGAAAACACCAAACAACCAUGGAUUCUUGAUCCGACAGACAGUUCCGAUUUCAAGAUUAAUUGUCCUUGGUGUAAAAAAGAGGUGAAAAUUCCAUGGAAUAAGUAUGUGAAUGUGAUGAGAUCUACUAAGACAAAAGAAAAAUGCCCAAAAUGUCAAGCGCCAUACUCUGUCGAAACUUUAAGUGUCAAGAGAUUUAUUGACGAUAUUGAAGCUUGGAAUAAGGAUAAUACUAAAUUCAUUGGUGGCACUCUGAUCGGUUUAAAGGAUGGCUCAUAUUCAGAACAGUCUGCAGUCAAAGAUUCUAAUUUAUUAUUCUCCACUAAUAGCGUUCACAUUCGUAAACUUACAAACUUAGGAUCAACAAAUUGGAACCGAUACAACUGGAAAUAUGUUAUCAAACAAAUUGAUCUUCAGAAAAAAGGUUUGAAAAAGGAAAGACAACUUAAAAAUGCAAGAAAGAAAAUUGUUCAGAGAGUCUUACUUUCUUAUACUGGAAUUCAAUUACCAUUCUCAAUUGAGCUGAUUAGUGCCAUUCAUAGACAACGUGAAUUCACAGGAAAGAUGGUUAAUAAUAAAUGGAUUAACUGUAUAAACGUUCAAAUCAAUUCUACCGUCCGAUACCAUAAAUUCUUAUUGUUAAUGAAAGAACAAACAAAUACUAUACUCGUUCCCACUCUUGAUAUUGACCUUGGUUGGCAUACGCAUCAAAUUCAUGCUUCACUUUAUCGUGCGUUCACUCAGAAACAUUUAGGUCGACUCGUUAACCAUAAUGAUACUUUGGAUAAGGGAAAAUUGUCAGACGGGUUUGCAAGUACAGCUCAAGCUUGGUAUAAGAAGUAUAAUGAACCAUAUACGCACGUGAACCCAUCAAAAUAUCGGUUAACCACCAAAAAAAAGAUCUUGUCGGUUAUUAUACCACCUUAUGGCCUUUCAGUUCUUUAUCAAUUGAAAAAAUAUAAAAAAGAAAAUGCUACCAAAGAAAACCUACGUGAUUCCAACAUAGAAACAUCAGAUAAAAACAAUUCUCAGACCGACAAAAAAGAUGAAAAGAGAUACUCUGAAACAUGUGGAGUUGUUGGGUUCACGGGUGAAGGUGGUGAUUGCGGUGGGUGUGGAGAAUACAGUAGUUGCGAAGGAUGCAUAGUUGUGGAGGAUGCAGUAGGUUGUGGAGGAUGUGGUGGUGGUUGCGGAGGUUGCGGAGGAUGCGGAGGAUGCGGAGGAGGAUGA